AUGGCGGCUCGCUUGCUCAGAGGAGGAAGGGCAGUGCUGUCCCCCGGUGGCCCGCCUUGGUGCCUCUUCCCUCGCGGACUCCGGCUCUGGAGCGCGAGCUGGGGAGCCAUGCGGAGGCCAUUCUGUGCGCGCCGGGAACAGGCGUGGCGAGCCUUCGGGCUCGCAGGCAGCUGCCCCGGAAGCCGGGCCUUUAGCACGGCCGUGCCCCCGCCGCCAGGGUCGUCCGAGCCGGGGUCGAAGGGCAGCGAAGAUCCCACGCGCCCCUCGAAGCCUGGGCCUGUUUCCUGGAAGUCUUUAGCCUUGACAUUUGCUGUGGGAGGAGCUAUACUGGCCUGUAUGAAGUACUUCAAGAAACAAAAGACGGAAAAACUGGAGAAGGAACGCCAUCGAUCCCUGGGGAAACCUUUACUUGGAGGACCGUUUUGUCUCACAACUCACGUUGGAGAGCCUAAAACUGACAAAGACUACCUGGGCCAGUGGGUUCUGAUUUAUUUCGGUUUCACUCAUUGCCCUGAUAUCUGCCCCGAAGAACUAGAAAAAAUGAUUCAAGUUGUGGAUGAAAUAGAUGGUAUUCCAACGCUGCCAAACUUAACUCCACUUUUCAUCACUAUUGACCCAGAGCGGGACACCAAAGAAGCCAUUGCAAGUUACGUGAAAGAAUUCUCUCCCAAACUGGUCGGCUUGACUGGCACAAAAGAGGAGAUUGAUCGAGUGGCCAGAGCAUACCGAGUGUACUACAGCCCUGGCCCCAAAGAUGACGACGAGGAUUACAUAGUAGAUCAUACGAUAAUCAUGUACUUGAUUGGCCCCGACGGUGCAUUUCUAGAUUAUUUCGGCCAGAACAAGAAGCCCAUAGAAAUAGCCGGUUCCAUCGCUGCCCACAUGAGGGAACAGAGGAAGAAGAGCUAGCUGGCACAGCCCGGUCAAGUGGGAGCUGCUCUCACCGGAGAGAAAGAAAAGCUCUGUCUCCCCCCAACCAACAGUGUGCAAUGUACGAGAACGGCCUUCAAACUCCGAGCGCAUCUAUGUUUGGCAUGAAGCUCAUUACCCUUGGGCUCCUGCAUCCAAGAUAGCAUCUUGGAACGCUGGGCACACUGGGAACGCGACGUGAGGCCACGCGGAGCAGCCUCUGGGUGGGACAGGCCUGGAGGAGGCCCGUUGGUGUGUGCACCCACGUCAACGUCCUGGCUGCUACCGCUCUGUGUCUUCGACUUUUUUUUUUAAUGAGUGUGGGGCUGAUUUCCUGGACAAGCGUGUAAUUUCUGCAGUGUCCCUGCUUUCGCGUGGCAAAGUCAAAUUAACCCUGCCACUCAGACUUGAUGCGGAAAAGCUUUAAGUGUCAUCUUCCCCGUGAACGGGGUCAGUGCCGAGUCUGCCUCUCCUGCACUGCCAGUGAGGGCUGCUCUGACACGACUGCGGGGUGGGGAGGGAACACGGAUUAGGGGGGGUGGUUUUUAGCUAAGUGAUUUGCCAGAUUUUCAGUGACUUGCAGGCUACCUCCAAGUGGCCACUGAUGAGGAGAGUGAAGUGGAGUGCUUGCCCAAAUAUCCUGGGCUUCACCCUUGUGGACCCAAUAAAGUUGUGUGGUUUUAUA